AUGUCGCCCUACGAGCUCGCCCUCGCCAAAAUCGACGCCGCCCACCGCGACGAUCCCACCACCAUCACCAUCACCAACAAUCCUCAUUCCCCCGACUCUCCCACCACCAUCCCCUAUGAACUCCACUACGCCCAACAAAUGACCUUCUACCUCGACCGGCUCGACCCCUCCGCCUCCGACCUCCUCCGCCUCGCCAUUCGCGCCCAACACCUCCGCCGCUGGGAACUCCCCCGCACCACCUACCCCGCCACCAAACCGGGCUACCACGCCUGGCGCACCGAGCUCCAGCGGCGCCAGGCCGCUCUGGCCGAGCAGAUCUGCCUAGAGAGCGGGUACACGGCGGCGCAGGCGGAACGGGUCGGUGCGCUGGUGCGCAAGGCUGACUUGAAGCGGGGGGAUGCGGAGACGCAGACGCUGGAGGAUGUGGCGUGUUUGGUGUUUUUGGAUGAUCAGUUGGAUGGGUUUGAGGGGCAGUUGGGGGAUGAGGAGAAGAUGGUGGGGAUUUUGCGCAAAAGUUGGGGGAAGAUGAGUGCGAGGGGGAGGGAGGAGGCGUUGAAGAUUCGAAUGUCGGAGAAAGGGAGGGAGUUGGUGGGGAGAGCGUUGGCUGGGUGA